UGCAAAUACACGGUAACAGCCCUGGUGAAUUUACUUUUUCUCCGUCGUCAAAAGUGGCAUCUCCCUUCGUGUUUCACGGCCACUGGGUGCGUUAGGAGGAAGAAGAAGCGAACAACGGCGCAAGCUGGUCUUCGGAAUAUCACGGAAUACCUAUAAUCGCCUGGAAUGAACCAUAUGACCAAUCCUACAGGUGCUCCACCAGAGAUUCCGGGGUCGGAGGUAACCACACAGAGCAUUCAACAGCGCAGCACGCACCAGAUGUCUUCAGAUAUCGAUUUGACUUCAGUCUUAGGAGAAACGACCACAUAUCAAAGUCUGUUACUGGCUCACUGUAUGCUCGCGACGAUGCUGUUCUCCAUGAAUGAGCAGUGGCCCCUUGUGGUGGCCCCUGAACAGGACCACUGGUGCUCUCCUCCAGAACACAUGAACAUCUCAACAGAAGCUUGGAAGAACAUGAGCAUCCCUAUCCAAGAUGACGGAACCUACAGCCAGUGCGAAAUGUACCAAGAAUACAACUCAUCUCGCCCUAAUCGUUCAACUAUUCGUUGCACAAAGUGGCAAUAUGAUGAAACACGCCACACUGGAACCGUCACUCAAGAGUGGGACGCCGUUUGUGAUUGGGAAUGGAUGCAUUCUUCAGCUUUGGCGAUUCACAUGGGAAGUGCUCUAUUGGGAUUGGUGGCAUCGGGGAUCCUUUCAGACAGUAUCGGGCGAAAACCGGUAGUGUGCGUUUGUUCCGCUGCGAGUGUCAUCUUCAGUGUUGGCGUACUGAACAGCAUAUCGUUUGCUCUGUUUGUUUGCUUCCGAUGCGGGGUCACCUUCACCCUGGGUGCAGUCGCGCUGCCCUGCUACAUUUUAGUCAUGGAGUUAAUACCUCCCUCUAGCCGGGGUCUCUACGGCGCCCUUACCUUCACAGGCUUUGAGGUCGGCGUCAUCAUGGCGAGAGCUUUUAUGGACAUGUAUUUCAAGUGGAGGACGUUGCAGGCGAUGUUCCUCCUCUUAAUGUGUUUCCUCCUCGGAAGCUUCGCGUUGAUCGAAGAGUCUCCCAGGUGGCUCAUCUCGAAGUGGGAGUUGAAGAGGGCUGAAGAAGCUGUUUUGGCAAUAGCCAAGGUGAAUGGAAGAAACAUCGAGCACGCUCGUGAAUCGUGGCGUAAUUACACGACCUUAGUAAAGCAAGAAGAAGGAAUGAUAUGUGGCGCGCUUGACGUGUCGUAUACAAAGAUCCUGCUUCAACACAAGCUCUUGCACGCGAACAUCAUCCUCAGCUAUGCGUGGUUCGCAACCUGCUUCACGUUCUAUGGAAUGACGCUGGUGGCAACAGCGGAGAAGGACUUGCAUUGGGCUGUCAGUCUCUGCAUUCUAAUUCCACGCCAGUACAUUGCCUAUUUAUGCGUUGAGCAGUUUGGACGAAGACCUACCCUCUCAUACUCGGUGCUCAUGACAUCAGGUGCCAGCGUGGCUGCAAGCUUCAUAACAUCAGGUGACGAGGCGCUACACUAUGUGCAGAUGACGUUGAGAACACUCGCUCUUUCUUCUAUCGGGGUUUCUGUGACUGUCGUCCUCCUGUACAUGGUGGAAAUGAACCCGACCUCUGUGAGAACUAUCUCCGUCUGCAUGUGCUGCGUCUUCUCCAGAGUGGGCGGAAUAUUGUCAGUUCUUGUUGGAAAACUAGAAAUUGUGUCUGGAGAGGUGACUCAAACGGCGCUAUAUGCGGUGGCCUGCAUAGUUGCUGGAUUUCUGGUAACCGGGCUUCCCGAGACAAGAAUGGUCAUUCUACCAGAGGUGAUCAAGAAGGAGGAUAUCUUUCGAAUAGAACCUCUUCGGGUUGGAAAGGCUUCCAAGAGAAGACUGGAAGAAACUACGAAAUCUGUGACUCCUGUAGAGGAGAGAUCACUUGGAGAAUUUCCUUUCUCUUCGGAACGAGCAUCUCGAAUGAGUUACCUGAAGGAUAUAAGUAGCGCGCUCUAGCGAGUCAAGCUAAGGGCUCAUACAAUAAGGACACAUAAGGGUUUUACCAGAACCAAGCCUGGUGAAAUGCGAUGAAACGAUGCAUGAUCUUAUAUGUAUAAUAAUGUAGAUAAUGCGAUUACACAUACGAUACCGAUUUUCUCGCGUCCGUUGUUUCGCUUAUUAUUUAUUUAUUUUACCCUCAAGGCCCAAACGUGCAAUACAGAGAGCAGUUUUAAAAAAAUAAACAAUAAAUAUGACAUGGAGCAUACAGCAACAAUUCGUAUAUUAGUAGUAGUUUAUCAUAAUUAUGGUAACAUAUAAUAGCUAUAACAUCACGUAUUACAAGUGCACUCUUAAAAAUGAGGGGGGGGGGGGUGUCGAGGUAGCUUGCC